UUUAGAAAAGUGUGAGUGAUCUGCCAGACAGCAAACUCUCAUUUUACUCUUCUGGAUGUCGUCUGAUCCUCAUCAUGAACUUCAAGCUCGUCUUUCUCUGCCUCUUCUUAGCAGUGCUGCUUAUACCUGCUGAACUGAAACCUAAAAAGGACAAAAAACAUCGGCAUCGGCAUCAUGGUGAUGGUCAUGGUCAUGGUCGUGGUCUUGAAAGGAGAGAUCAACAUGGGAAAAGGAAACAAAAAAUUAAGGACUUAAUUAUUGACUACUUCUUUGAGAUCAUGUCGGGAUCUUCUCACGAUGAUGAUGAUGAUGAUGAUGAUCAUAAUGGCUGGCUUUUUGAACUUCAAGAGACAGAAGGCCAAUGCGACCCAAACCCUUGCUUUAACAAUGGAGUGUGUGAGCCGAAAGCCAAGAACAAAUACAAAUGUGACUGUCCCAAACCUUACAAAGGAAAAAGAUGCGAAAGAGCUAAAAAAUAUUGUAGGAGAGGUCGGUGUGGACGUGGUGAAUGUGUUCUGACGUCAACUCCCCCAUAUUAUGAAUGCAAGUGCAAGGAGCCCUUCCAGCCUCCAGACUGCAGGAAAUAUAAACUGUGUGAUCCUAACCCGUGUCAAAACGGUGGCCAGUGCACCAUAGAUGAUAACGACUUCGACUGCAAGUGCAGUCCAGGGUACAGAGGACAUUUCUGCCAAGUUGGCCCCGAUGACUGCUUUGUGGAGGAUGGAGAGUCAUAUCGUGGCCAUGUCAGUGAGACUGAUGACGGUGAUGAAUGCCUCUACUGGAACUCACACUUCAUACUGGAGCAAGGGACGAAUCCCUUCACCGCCUUUGAGGACAAAGAUGGACUCGGCCCCCACAACUUCUGCAGAAACCCAGAUGGCGACACAAUGCCCUGGUGUUUCUAUAGAAGAGGUCGCAAGUUGCUGUGGGCCUACUGUGAUGUGACAGAGUGUCCUGAGCCAACAGAUGAGACGCCAACUGAAGUUACCAUGGCAGUCCCUGAUCCCACUAUUCCCAAACCAAAACCUACAAAACCUGACUCCACAGAAGAAAUCAAGCCAAUACCAACCCAACCCCCAAAGCCAACCCAACCCCCAGCACCUACCAUACCCCCAAUGACCCCAAAGCCCAGCCAGGCUCCACAACCUUUUACCAUACCCACUACUAUUCCUCCCAGCCCUGUUUCCACUGUUCCACCAGCACAGUUCACCACCUGUGGGCUGCCUCAGCCUAAAAGGUCCAUAACCCGAAUUUUUGGGGGUCUGAAGGUGCCUCCGGGCGCUUUACCCUGGCAGGUGUCUGUGCAAGUGAGACCACAGGGCUCCAACAUGCGAUUCCGACACAUCUGCGGAGGAGUUCUAAUUGCCAGCUGCUGGGUGCUGACAGCAGGACACUGCAUUGAAAGCAGAAAGGACAUGCAAGUGGUUUUGGGAGAUCUGUCUCUGAACAUGACAGAAUACACAGAGCAAACCGCACAAGUUGAAGAGGUUAUUGUGCAUGAGAACUACAGGGAGACUCCUACAGCUGUAUACAACGACAUAGCCUUGCUGAGGCUGAAUGGAACUGGUGGUGUUUGUGCCAGAGAGACCCAGUUUGUAAAGACAGCCUGUCUGCCUGAUGCCCAACUGCCUGAUGGGACAGACUGCACCAUUUCUGGAUGGGGUGCCACUGAGGAAUCUAGGUUUGGUUCCAACCACCUGCUCCAGGCCAAUGUAUUGCUGAUCAACCAGCAGAAAUGCUCUGAACCCACUGUUUACGGCAGAAUUAUGGACAAUACCAUGCUCUGUGCUGGCUACCUGCAGGGAGGGGUGGAUUCCUGCCAGGGUGACUCUGGAGGACCACUGACUUGUAAGCAGAAUCAUGUCAAUGUUAUUUAUGGCCUGGUGAGUUGGGGAGACCAGUGUGGGAGGGCGAACAAGCCUGGGGUCUACACGCGUGUCAUCCAUUUCCUGGACUGGAUCAAAUCAAAGACUCAAGCAACGUUUCCAAAAGCAACAGGCCAUCAGCUGCAGCCAUGAAUGCAGCAAGUCAUGCUCAUCGUGUGUAGCUCUUGGAUUCUGCUCUUCUUUAUCAAAUGGUUUUGUCCUUGAACUAAAUUCGCAUUGUCAUGUCAGUUUAACAGAUUUUGUAAAUUGCUCUCAAGAAAAAAGUCUGCAGUCUCUACUGUUCA